UAAGGUUCUAUGGCAUGUUUUUGACUUUCGUGCCACAGAUAAAUGUUGUGAGUUAGUUUACACUAGGUUGGACUUUGAACUCGUUCUGUAACAGGACAGACAACACUGAGUUUAAGAAUUCCCGAAGGCCACACUGGAAAAGUUUAUAAACUAUCAAACAGUAGGAUUAUUAAACUUUAAGAUUCAGUCUAAACAUACGAAGACUCUUUUCAUCUGUUGAAAGGUAACCUAGACUAAAACAUAUUUCUCAGGUAACACCAUACUCUAUUCACUAGCCAAGAUGAUAGCACUGCUAACACAAAUGCGUAUAGCAACAAACUUAAAGGUGCAGGUGGAUUAACAACAAAAAGAAAAAUAUAAUGACUUUUAGUGACUUAGAUUUACUCACACUUUAAGUGAGACUAUGUAACUUUUGUUGACCACUGUGGCCACAAGUGACACUUAUAGGAUAAUGGUAAAUGCUAAAACUACAUUUGAUAAAACUGGAGAGGGGUCAUCAAGUCAAGUGACAGAGCUGUUGUGGUUUCACAGCAACAUCCAUCUGGAGUUUGCUCACAUUAGCCAACAGUAGCCACCAUAAGCUACUGGUCAUACCAGACCAAGUCACACAGUAGAAGCGAAACCUCUUAAGUGUGUUUCAGUGCUUAUCAAUUCAGCGAUUCACUUCAAGAAUUACAUAGUCUCAAUUUGCUGUGACAUGGCCUCCAGUUCCUUGGGCAGUAGACUGGUGGCUUGUCUCCUCAAUGUUUCCGAGGCUCGCAGGAAAGACCUGGUGGAGACUGUGGCCAAGGCAGCCAUAUACAACACCGAAGGUGUGAGACGAGAGGGGACCACAGUGCUGAACAUCUUUAAUGAUCAUGACUACAACCGCUCUGUCAUCACCAUCGUGGCCAGCACCGACUCUCUCAGAGAGGCGGUACUGUCUGCGUGCGAGAAAGCCUGUGGGCUGAUUGACAUGUGCGAUCACAAGGGGGUGCACCCAUGUAUGGGUGCCGUCGACCUCAUACCCAUCUACCCCCUGGGGGAGGAGGUGCGAGUGGAGGACUGUGCAAAAGAGGCUCAGGCUGUGGCUCAGGGACUCACAGAGAGGGUCCAGGGCACCAGUGCCUUCCUGUUUGGCUGGGCUGACUCCCCCCUUCAGCGGGGGCUGGCACAGAGGAGGAAGGAGAUGGGCUGGUUCAAGAAGACGCCAGACCUGGAGGCACUCAAGCCCGACCUGGGGCCACAGCCACAGAAACGAUUCGGUCUCACAGGUGUUGGGGCCAGUCCAUACGUCAUGAACUGCAACGUCACUAUCAACACCCGGGACAUCGCCGUGGGACGAAGCAUCGCCACAGCCAUUAGAGAGUCGACCCCAGGGGGACUACCAGGGGUGCAGGUGCUGGCUUUGCCGCAUGAGGGCGCUGUGGAAAUUGCCUGUAAUGUAGAAAGCGUGAAGGGGAGCCCGCCUAGCCACAUGACUGCGGGUGAACCCUGGCCAUCUUUCAGCAUCAAUGGAGAGCCAUACUGUCACGCUCCAGCUUCCCUCAUCACAGCAAGGGUCGCAGAGCUGGCAGGGAGGCAGGGGGUUGGCACAAAGGGCACGGCGUUGGUGGGGUUCACUCCCCAUGAGUGCAGGGGCUUAGCAGAGUUAGCACUUUCUCAAGGGAUUGCUGAGUUCUGGAAGGAGCAGCGAAGGAUCCGUAUGUGAAAACUAAUUGUCACCUAAACCUGUGAAACCUCAAACAAUCUCUGUUUAAUUUCACUUUAACUAUCAAGACAACUGACCAUUUGUUAAACCCAGCACCACUCUGUUACCAUUGCUGCAUCUGUUAAGCUUUCCACUCUAGCCCUGCACAUAUGCAGUUUACAAUUACAGUUUACCACUCGAAAUUCAUUGUGGUUUUUAGCUUAUUAACUAAUGACAUGAUUGCAAGUUGGUUAAAAACUCUGUCAUCAGAUGACUUAUAGUAUUUCCAGCUGACUUGUAUUAAAACGAGAGGCCUUUAAAAAGUUCUUAGAUAUGCAUGUGAUGGCUACAUACAUGAUAAUAUGCUAAUAUAAUGCUACUUUUAGCCUCCAUAGCUUUAGACUCAGUUGCAUUAUAUUCGCAUGAUAUCAUGUAUGUAGCCAUGUAGCCAUCGCAGCCUCAGCCGCGCUCAGAAUCCAAAACUGUUGGCAAAUGGUCCAUUCAACUGUUAGUUUAAUGCUCCUUUUAAUUGUGCAUUCACAGCAUUGUGAAUGCACUAAUUAUUCAGUUUAAACUGGAACCUGUUUAGUGGCAUUGUUCAGAGUAUUUCACAUAAUUUACUCAGAGAUUAAUGCUCUACUGUUGUUACAAUGCUUUACUGUUGUAACAGUUUGAUCACGAAUAUUUGCAUAUAACAGUAAAUAAAUACUCGAUCAGCUAAAUAUCUCUUUCCUGGUAUUAUUUUCAUGAGGGGGGUCAAGUUAAACCGAAGGAAACAUUUCCACAUCCUCUAUAACAGACCUGUUAUAGAGGCCUUCCUAAUCUGACACUUGAGGUAAAAGAGAUUUAGGUUUUUAAUCUGAAUGUCUUCUCUACCCAACCAAGACCAAAUCCAUAAAUCCCAGUAUACCGUCCUCCAGAGUGGAUUUUGAUUUUUUUUUAAUGUGUGUGUCAUUUCCUGUUUUGAGCAAACUGGACACUUGUGUUUACUGAUGAGUUUCUGCUGAUGACUCUUUUCCCAUCAUUUUCCAUCAUCAGCCUUGCCAUGCAUGACUCUGUGGGAGGGUAACCAAAUGCGUGUGAAACAGCUAUUUUUUUCAUAAGUCAUGAACAAAAUCUUCACGAAACAUCCAGCACUUUGGCAGCGUUUUGCUAUUACAGUGAAACUUACCAACGUGUACAAGUUUGGGGAUUUAUAAUUUUUAUUGCUGUUUUCGACCAAAAUAUAUGAAACUAAUACUUUCUUGUCAAUUCUAUACACAGUGUGAGUACAUGAUGCACAGGAUUAACCAUUUAAUAACAUGGAGGCGAAUUUGGCCAGAGGACAGGUCAGGAAUUAACUGGGGCGAGAUGAUUCCACUCAUUUCUUACAUAAAGCCAGUAUAAUGCAUUAAAUAGCAGCACAUGCAUGGACUAAGGAGGUAUGGACCUGAGUCAUUAGGUAAUAAUAAGUUGUACUAUACAGAUGUAGCACAAAGGCAGACUCAGAGCAAGUCUUAUAAGCCAUACAAUGCAUCAUAAGAUGAUGAUUAAUUUCAUUCCAUAUGUAAAGGAAAUUAGUGAUUCCAUUGCCAGUAACUGUCUAAUCUGCAUACAGAGUGAGUUCUAAUCUGUUAAUCCUUACACACAAACCAAGGUAGUAUGAAUCACAAAAUCUUCCAGUCAGACUGGUAUGCUUUAGCAUCAGUGUCUGAUGUUACUAUCCUUUCAUUACGUUGUGUCAUUUUUUAUUUUUCUGCAUUUGAAGUUACGUAAGGUUGCCCUUUGAGGCAGAAGCUGUGUAAUUUUCACCAAUGUGUGCGCCCUUCUUUUGAUAAACUCUCUUACUGUGUGAACAUUCAUUCUUUGUAUGCCAUCCAGCUGAGGCUCUUAGUCACACAAGCAACGCAGCAAGCUUCAGUGCAGCUUCAUUUCAGCUUCAUUUCAUCCGUACAUACAUGACUCUGUCCCUUUCUCUCUCACAC